AUGCUCCAGGAAGUUUGUGUUGCGGACAACAACAGCACUAUCACCAUCAAUGGCAAGGUUUGCAAGCCCAUGGCAGCCGAGGACUUCAAGUUGGGUUUGCUCAGGAACCCGGGCAACACUGGCAACAGGCUCGGCUCCGCCGUCACCGCUGCAAACGUUGCCAAUUUCCCUGAGCUCAACACUCUGGACAUCUCAUUUCUCUGGAGUCAUUUGUGCUCCUUGACUACGCACCCGGCAGUGUCAAUCCCCCACACGUCACCGAGCUCCUCUUCCUCGUCCAGGGAGCUCUCUAUGUUGGCUUCGUCAGCUCUUCGUGCAGACCAUGUAUUCCGGCGAGCUGUUCGUGUUCCCCCUGGAAUGUUUCACUUCCAGAUCAAUGUGCCACGUGCCGCCACUCCUUUUUGGGAAAAAGGAUAA